CUUUUCAACUGUUUCAUAUUUCAGUUGAAAUAUAUCUGGUAAAUAAAAAUGAGUGCACAUGUUUUGUAAAUAUUGUUUAUUUUAUACUUGAAUAAGCUUAGUUGUAAAAAUGGAAAGUUAUUUAUCAAUUUUUCAAGGAAUAUUAUCUACAGAAGGCACCUUUUUAGAUAUUUAUCUGGAUGGUUUGGAUCAUCAUAGCAAAUUUGGUAUACAGUCUAAUGAAGGAGCUGAAAUUGUGCAAAAUAUUAGUUCCUUAUUGACUAAAUCAACAACUCGUUCGCUUGGAUUACGUUUACUUACUAAGUACAUCGACCACUGUCCUAUUGAGGUGUUUGAAAAGAAAGGUAAUCUGUGGAUAACAUUGGUUUUAAAAGCGUGCAACAGUCAAGAAUUGAAUUGUGAUGCUCUUAUAUUUGAAGUAUUGGGUAAGAUCAUUAAAAGAUCUCUCCAUUCUCCCGAUUUGGCAAAAUCUUUUGCUAGUACUCAUAUAAGUAAGGUUUAUGAAAAUCUUACAAAAGUUUCACAGUUUCAAGUAAAAUAUGCCUUGAGUUGCAUUGAGACAUGUUUGCGCACAUAUCCUGGGUCGAGUGGUCCAUCAAAGGGUGUUAUAGAGCGUUUUUUGUGGAAAAAUGUGGAUCAUCUUGAUGGCGAAGUCGUACAAAAUUGCGGCAAGUGUUUACACCUACUUCAACAAGUAAAAGGUGGAGGAGUGCAAGGAGUUAAUCAUAAAACACAGUGGAAAAACUAUCAACUUCAACUUAUGGGUGGUAUUCACUCCGUAUAUAAUGAAAUGUUUUCCAACUGUGUAGAAAUGUAUGAAGAGAAAAUAGAACAAAUGAAAUUGCCGUGGGAAGGAGAACAGCAUAACUUUGACACUGAACCAGUAAAAAAGGCUGCGCAAAUGUAUACACGAUGCCAUAACAUGAUAAGAUAUCUUCUUAUAGCAUUAAGAGAACCCUUCCCUGUGGAAAAACCCAUACUGGUAAAGAAAAUAUUAAACGUGGUUAUCAGAGGCUUAGGUGUGAACUGCCUAAUGCUAGAGCAAAAUCCCAUUGCCGAUAAUAUUGCUCUUAGCAUUCUUUUGCCGAAGCUACAUGUUGAUUUGUUUGAACUUCUUAAGGUCGCAGUGUUAAUAUUACGUGGUCAUCUGCGUCCUUAUUCCGAACUCAUAUUAGGUCUCAUAAUUGACGCAAUUAAAUGGACGUCGUCUAAAAAUGCACAUGGCGAUCAAAAAACUUUAUUGGUUUUACGUAAACAAGUUUAUGAAACCGUUUCAUUGUGGUGUGAAAUAUUUAAUAGUGGAAAUCGCUGUGAAACUGUUGCUGAAUACCUUUUUCAAGAGAUUCUUAGUGAUAUUACUCCCACACAAAGUGAAUUUACAUUAAAGGUUUUAAGUGGUGCUCGAAAACAUAUGUCUAAAAAAGCAAGGCGUCAGCUUCACAAUGCCCAAAAUGAGAAAUCCAAUAUGGCUCACACCCAUUCUAAUGACAGCAGUCGUAAAGGACAUUUUUCAGAAGAGAGAAAUAAGGAAUUAUGCAUUGCUGCAUUACGCUGUCUUCAACAAAUUCUUUUAUCAGUUUCGAAUUUUAUAAAACCUACUAUAUUAAAGAUGAUGCAUACAAGUAUAUCACAAAUCUGUGCUAUACUUUAUGAACUUCCCCCUAAAACUACGUGCUUGUAUAAUAAUAAGGAUUGUCGUAUAGAAAUCUAUAAUACACUUUAUGCUAUACUUAUGACUCCACAUUACUUAUGUCCACCACCAACUGAUAUGGCUUUAACAAUUAUUCAGACAGCUUACGCACGAGAUGAUAGUCUUAAAGUUCGAAACCGAUGUUGUUUUAUAUUACAAAAUGUAGAAAAAAUAAUUCAUCCACAAAAAGAAAGUUUACUUUUUACAAUCGAAGCGAGAGAUAUACGCAAUACAUUCAUCAAAAUGGGCCAAGAGAGUUUACUACAAGAAUUUAGAUAUGAUUUCAACAACUCAUCUAAUAAUAAUAGUGAUGUUUUAGAAUUAAACGAAACUACAAGUUCGGAAUUUAUAAAUACAUCAGUAAAUAAUCAUGUACAUGAUGAUAAUGCACAAGAUGAUUUAGAGUAUAAAAACAAAAGUCAGACAAAUGUCGACAUAAUUUCUACAAACACUCAAACACUUCAAAAUCAUAACGUGAAUGAAGAAGAUCCACUUAAGGAUCAACCUAAUGAAGAUUAUGAAUUGGAAGUUACUAUGGAUCAAGUGAAUAGUAAUGAUUCUUUGCCCAGAGCAAUUAAUAAUUCAAAUAUUGUCGAAAAUAUAAGUAAAUCUCAAGAUGAACUAACCAUUAAUGACGAUACUAAUAUUGCCACACUGUGUGUCGAAGAGUCAAACUGCGAUCUUAUUAGUGAUGAACCAACUUCGAAAAAGCAAAAACUUGAUAAUGAAAAUGAGGAAAAAAAUGAAUUACAAACUGUUCAAACUGAAAUUAUCAGCAACAAUGUUAGCAUAAUGGAUAAUGAAGAUGACUUACUAGCUGAUAUUGCAUCGCAGUUUGUGGAUGAAUUAAAUUAAUAAUUUUUGAAUUAAAAGGAAAAACUAUUUUUAUUAAAAUAAAAAAUUUUUAAUAAAUAAUAAAAUAAUAAUGCAUAAAAUA